CUCUGUGAGAACUUCAGUCUGAUUUUGGAGAUUUGGGGAGAGAAAACCUUGUGAACUCAGGAGGGUGGAGACAUCACAACCAACUAUGAGGACCAGCAUCCUAUUUAUACUCCUGUGGGGCUUAUCCUGUGCUCUCCCAGUGGUCAGGUAUCAAAAUAGUGAAUCUGAGAGCACUGGAGAAACUGGAUCAUUGGAUCAUUUGGCUCAAUUAGCAACACCACCCACGGGAAGCAGUGAGUCAUCAGAAGAAAGUAAAGUUAGCUCAGAGGAACAGGUCAAUGAUAACCCCAGUGACAGUGCAGAAACAGCGGAGCACCUGGACUCUGAUGACGGCCAAUACUUUUCUAGACCAGCUGGUGGCCCCUCUAAAAGUGCAGGCACUGGAGGCCACGACAAGGAGGAUGAUGAAGACGACAGUGGAGAUGACACCUUCGACGACGAGGACCCUGGCCCAGGGCCUGAAGAAGGACGCCAAGGAAGAAUCUCCCGACUUGACAGCGAUGAGGAUUCAGCUGACACCACACGGUCCAGUGAAGACAGCACCCAAGACGCCAGCAGCGAGGAAGUGAACAGUGAGGACCAAGGGGACUCCACCCAGGACAGCGAGAGCGAGGAGACCCGCGUGGGAGGCGUCGGGGACGGGGAGAGCAGCCACGGGGAUGGCUCUGAGUUUGAUGAGGAAGGGAUGCAGAGUGACGAUCCAGACAGCGGCACGAGGAGCGAGGGAGGCCGCUCCAGGCUGAGCGGGGCGGGCAGCAGGCCCAAGGCGUCCCGGGGGGUGAGCGCUCAGGACUCGGCCGAGCAUCCCAGCAGGAAGUUCGUGGGCAAGUCUCGGGUGUCCGAGGAAGAGGAUGGCAGACGUGAGCUGGCUGACAGCCGCUCUCGGGAAGAAAUCCAGAGCAGCGACUGGGUGGGCGACGCGGAGCCCCAGGCCGCGGGGCUGAGCCAGUCCCGGGAGGCCGGGCCGCCUGACUCCCCGGAGGACAGCACGGAGGAGACGCGCUCUUACGAAGACAGCCCCGACGUGCCGGACUCCAGCAGCGAGUCCAGCCAGGAAGAGGAGCCGCCGUCCCCGGACAGCAGCAGCAGCAGCAGCGAGUCUCAGGAGGACGCGCUGAGCGAGUCCAGGGGCGACAAUCCGGACCCCACCGGCCAGCCGGCAGCGAGAGACAGCGAGUCCAGCGAGGAGGAGAGCUUCCACACCUUCUCCAGCUCCGAGAGCGAGUCCCGGGAGGAGCCGGCCGCCAGCGAGGCCACGUCGUCCGAGGAGGACAGCCCCGAGUCCAGCGAGGAGAGCCGCCCGUCCCACAGCGCCUCCGCCGAGAGCCAGAGCCCCGAGAGCCAGUCCGACCAAGAGGCCGACAGCGACUCGCAGGACAGCAGCAGGUCCCAGGAAGACAGCAGCUCCAGGGACAGCACGUCGAGCAGCGAGGAGGAGGGCCAGCCCACCAACCUGGAGGCAGAGAGCAGAAAGCUCACGGUGGACACCUACCACAACAAGCCCAUCGGGGACCAGGACGACAAUGACUGCCAGGACGGCUACUAG